AUGACGGCCGCGACCAUUUCGCUAGCGUUCGGGCUGUUGGCCGGGUGUUGUGGUGCGAUCGUUUUUCCAGCCGGUCGUGAGCCGGCCGGAACAAGCACGGGCCACGGCGCACGGGCCGACCACCGAACUCCCAGGGACAUGCGAGAGCUGAAAAUCGACGCCCAGGGGCUUGACCUAUUGUCGGCUGGGCUAAAGACCACCGGCCAGAAGUGGUCGUCGGACGAGUACCAAACGCUAUCGUCGCUGCAGCAGACUUCCGACGACGGUUCGCCGCCGGUCACCGCGAAGGUCGACGUCUAUCCGGCGCUAACGACAGAUUCGCCGCCGUUGGUCGCCCGGAGCCGGUACGUCAGCAACCACCUGCACCCGCCUUACCUGCAUCAUCUGUACGGCGGCGACACGAACAUUCAACAAGAAACCACAGACCCGGAAGACCAACGCUCGGAGUACUCGGCGGCAAAAUGGAACAGGUACUACCCCAGUCACAGGCAGUUGAAAAAAUACGGACCAGUGAUGAUCGAGACGGACGUGACGGCGGACGGCAGCAGUAGCGUGGCCGGUGGAUACAACGUUUACGACCAAGGUGUGGACUACGGUACCGUAAGUGCCAAUUACGAACCGGAAACCUUGAAAAACCCCAAUGGCGGCGGUGGCGCCGGUGACGGUUACGUCGGUUGGUACAGCGACCCGCCGACGCAAUCUUCGAGACCGGCGACCGUCGUGGCCGAGGUCCGGCAACCCGGCCACAAGAUGUCCAUCGACGUGCACAAGUUGACCCUGCUGGCCAUGGUCAAGAUAGGUUUGGCCAAGCUCAAGGUGCUCACGGUGAUCAAGUUCCUCGCCUUCCUGUGGGUCAAGUUGAAGCUGUUGGUGGUGCUAAAAGGGUUCCUGUUCGCCAAGUUCGCCAUAAUGGGCAAACUGCUCAGGCUGUUCCUGCUGCCCUUCUUGCCCAACCUGCUGACGUGGCUCAGGAACGCGGCCAUGAUGCAGAUGGACCCCGCGAUGACCGUUCCCCCGCCCACCAUGACCGAAAUUGCGAGUGCAGCGAUCCAGUUGCGUAACAACAGCGCCUCCGAUCCGGCACUCAGGAGGAGCACAGCCGGCCUGGACACCCUGGGCGCGGCCGGCAAUUUGUUGCAGUUCAUGGCCUUUGUGCAAUCUGCCAAGUGCGCGGAGAGGACAGCCUGUCGCGUGUCCGGCACCCGACCGCCGAGUCUGCAAUCCAUGUUGGCGAACUGGAUGUUAUCACCGUUGGUCAAUUAUAUUCCUAAUAGAAAAUUAAAGUCGUACAUGUCAACAUUGAAGGAAGUUUCAGACUAUCGAUUGGAAAACAUUUUCAGUAACCCGUCAACAGUAGAAUGGCUUAAAUGGUGCGAUGAACGAUAUUAUUGUGAUGAUGAUGAUGAAGAAGAAGAAGAAAUUACUGCUGACAAUUUGAUUUAA